AGGAGGCAAUGCUGGAUGGCAUCAGCCAGCCAGCGAGAUGGUUUUGAGGGCUCUCGCCUUGUGGUGUUCCGGGGGACCAGGGGAGGUCGUUCCGGAGCGAGCGGGCGAGAGGAGGAGCCCCAGAGGUCCCCACCUACCCAGCUGCCGGCGAUCCCGGAGGGUCGUGUCCUGGCCGUGGCAACCCUGGGGGGUCAGGCAAGCCCCUCCCAGAGUCCUGAGGUGCCCUCCUCAGCCAGCAGUCUCCCCAUGAAACGAGGGAGACGGUUUUCAUGGGAGUCAACUUCUGAGUCUUCGGCGUCCGAGACUGCCCUGCCCGAGACCAAACUCCCCCAACCCGCCUCUGACCCAGCUGUGGCCUCUGCACCGCGCCCAAGGAGGAAGAGGAGGAAGAGGGGGCCUGCCGGUCCUGUGACCCUGUCUCCUCCCGUGCCAGCAGCGGAGAGCGCUGGCGUGCCCGUGCCAGCAGCGGAGAGCGCUGGCGUGCCCGUGCCAGCAGCGGAGAGCGCUGGCGUGCCCGUGCCAGCAGCGGAGAGCGCUGGCGUGCCCGUGCCAGCAGCGGUGGGCGUGCCCGUGCCAGCAGCGGUGGGCGUUCCCGUGCCAGCAGCGGAGAGCGCUGGCGUGCCCGACCCAGCAGCGGUGAGCGUGCCCGAGCCAGCAGCGGAGAGAGCUGGCGUGCCCGUGCCAGCAGCGGUGAGCGCUGGCGUGCCCGUGCCAGCAGCGGUGAGCGCUGGCGUGCCCGUGCCAGCAGCGGUGAGCGCUGGCGUGCCCGAGCCAGCAGCGGUGAGCGUGUCCGAGCCAGCAGCGGAGAGCGCUGGCGUGCCCGAGCCGGCAAAGAAGAGGGCAGUAUGCAAGUCGGCAGUCGUGAGAGCGCAGGAGAGUGCCGCGGCCGACUCUGCAGCAAAGACUUUAGUUCAGUGUAUCUCAUCUCGUAAGGAGAUGCCAAUUGUCUUAGCGGCUAAAGCCUUUUCUGAUUAUUUGUCUAGUCUUGUCCGUAUCCUAGAAGUCCCCGUCAGUCCUGUCUUGUCCUCAGACCCUGUCCCCAGAAAUCCCGAGUGUCCUGAUGUCGUCUCCCCGUGUCCCGUAGAUGUCGUCUCCCCGUGUCCCGUGAAUGUUGCCCCGUGUCCCGUAGAUGUCCCGUGUCCAGUAGAUGUUGUCGUCCCGUGUCCAGUAGAUGUUGUCGUCCCGUGUCCAGUAGAUGUUGUCGUCCCGUGUCCAGUAGAUGUUGUCCCCCCGUGUCCAGCUGUCGUCUCCCCGCGUCCCGUAAGUCUUGCCCCGCGUCCCGUAAGUGUUGCCCCGCGUCCCUUGUCUGCUCCUAUCAUGUCCCCUGUCAGUUGUCCCGAGACCCCUCCCCGCCCCUCACCACCCAGACCUGCCCGUACCCCCCGUCGUCAGCCUUCGUCCUGUCCUCCUAAAACUCCUGCCCCACCCACUCACCCUGGUCUGUCCCCCAUGAACUUUGUGGUCCCGCCUCCUCCCCUUCCCUGUUUGUUUUUUUUGAUUUGUCACCCUAACCCUGCCGUCGUGUAUUCAUGUCUGCCUUUGUUAUUAUUUGUCAUGUCCUGUUGGUUUGUGUCUGUGUCCCAGUCUGUCAUGUCAGUCGUGUCCCGUGUUUGAUGUUCCCUUGAGGAGCGUCUGGAAGCCGCUCCUUAAGGGAGGGGUUCUGUCAUGAUUCUGCCCUCGUGUCCUUGAUUUUUCCUAGUCUUGAGGCAGGAUCAUGACAGACCCAUGUUUUGUGUACAAGCGCAUGGCCUUGUCUUUGGGCCAUGUGCUUGUGUUGUCUCGUUCCCUUGCCCCGCCCCCCUUGUUAACCUAGUCGUGUCUUGAUUGUCCCAUCUGUGCCACCUGUCGUGUCUUGAUUGUUCCCCCUAUUUAGAUCUCCUAGUGUGCUCUGUCUUGCGUCGGUUCAUUGUGUUCCUCACCUGUGAUUGAGAUUGUAUCCUGUAUAGCCGUGAGUGUUAUUUGUAGUUAGUGUUCUCCUGUCUUGAGUCUUUGUUUAUCUUGAUUAAUCAGUCCUGUUUAGUUAUUUUGUAUUUGCCCUAGUCCUGUUUUCCCCCUCGUGGGUUUUUAU